CUUACAGUUGACCUUUGACUUUUGCAUUCGCAAAAAGUAAAAAAAAAAAAAAGUCUUUGGGUCUCUGGGAAAGUCUGGUGGCAACCAGCCAAAGAAAGAAAGAAAGAAAGAAAAAAGAAAGAAAGAAAAAAAUGGGAAAAAAAAGAAAAACAUCUUCGCCACAGAAACCUUUAAUUUGAAAGCCAUUACCGGAAGUGUAAUCGUUGUGAUGCAGCUUAUUUGACAUUAAACUGUAGCUCUGUGGUUCUGGAAGUGGAAGAAGUUGAGUCUCCUCAGUCAUCCGCCGGCGCCGCCUCCGCUCCGCUCCGCUCCGCUCCGCUGCUGAGGACAGACUCACACAGCGGAAACUUCUGCAAGGGGACGCGGGAAGAGCAGCAGAGAGGAGUCUAAACCUGCCAUUGCUGCUGAGCGCCUUGGGAGAUCUGUCCAGGCUUUUUCUACAUCUAUGAGGACUUCUCCAGGAUCCAUCGCCACUCACUGACCGACACACUGUAGAGGCUGCUAUGUCUAUCUGAACUCUCAGCUCCUCCUGCAGCCAUGGCCCAACAGAGCGCUGAGCUGUCCCACUGCUAGGCGACGGGGCAUCCGAGAGGGCAGGAGACAUGUUGGGACAGAGGCCUGGAAACCACUGCACUGAAUUCAGUUACUAUAGCAACUACUGUAGUAACCAUGGAAACGCUACGGAGGACUGGUCUGGUCUGCACUGUCAUCGUCAUCAUGGUUGCCAUCGAGGUCGCAGGAGGUCACAGAGAUGAGUUUGCUCAAUCACAAGCUGCCUUCCUGUCCAGUCUAGGCCAGUAUGAGAUUGCCAUCCCAGUACGUGUAGGACCUAAUGGCGAGACGCUGGAUGCCGAAAUGCCUGAACACCACAGAAGAAGACGACGCAGCACUGAAGACAGGCUGCCUGACUCUCUCUUCUACCAGCUGUCCACGUCACGUAACAACUUCCUGCUGAACCUGACACUGCAGGGAGGCCUGCUGUCCCGACAGUUCAGGGUGGAGUACUGGAAGAGGGGUCGAUUAGCAUGGAGUCACCCUUACUCUCCCCACUGCCACUACAUAGGACACCUUCAAGACCAGCCGCACUCCAGCAAAGUGGCCCUGAGCAACUGUAACGGCCUGCAGGGGGUGAUUGUUGCAGGGGGAGAGGAGUACCUGAUUGAACCCCUUGUCUCACCAGAUAACCAGACCAGGACAGAAAGGGGGGAGAGAGCAGAGGGGCGCCCCCAUGUGGUUUACAAGCGAUCAUCACUUCGCCAUCAGUACAAGGGCUUAUCCUGUGGAGUCAUUGACGAAAAGCCGAUGAAGGGUGCGUCAUGGUGGCAGCGGACACUGAAGACGCCUCCCCAUCAUGUCGGCCGUGGCCAGCUACCUCUGAAGCGCUCAGUUAGCCGGGAGCGCUACGUAGAGACGCUGGUAGUGGCCGACAAGAUGAUGGUGGGUUACCAUGGUCGCAGGGACAUCGAGCAGUACAUCCUGGCUGUCAUGAAUAUUGUUGCCAAACUGUUCCAGGAUUCUAGCCUGGGGAAUGCAGUCAACAUUGUGGUGACACGGCUCAUCCUGCUCAUGGAAGACCAGCCAACACUAGAGAUCAACCAUCAUGCAGGGAAGUCUUUAGACAGCUUCUGUAAGUGGCAGAAAACCAUCCAACACCGGAGCAGCUAUGGGAACGCCAUACCAGACAAUGGGAUCGCUCACCACGACACUGCUGUGCUUAUCACCAGGUACGACAUCUGCAUCCAAAAAAACAAGCCCUGUGAAACCCUAGGUCUGGCUCCUGUAGGAGGGAUGUGUGAGCCAGAGAGAAGCUGCAGCAUCAAUGAGGACAUUGGUCUGGGAACAGCCUUUACUAUCGCCCAUGAGAUAGGACACACGUUUGGCAUGAACCAUGAUGGUAUGGGGAACGCCUGUGGCCCCCGCAGCCAGGAGACCGCCAAGCUGAUGGCUGACCACAUUACCAUGAAGACAAACCCAUUCAUCUGGUCCGCCUGUAGCCGGGAUUACAUCACCAGCUUCCUGGACUCAGGUAUGGGCUCCUGUCUGAACAACGUCCCCCCCAAGCAGGAGUUUGUGUACCCAACCACAGCCCCUGGUCAGGCCUACGAUGCAGAUGAACAGUGUCGCUUCCAGUACGGCAUCAGAUCUCGACAGUGUAAAUAUGCGGAAGUCUGCAGUGAACUUUGGUGCAUGAGUAAGAGCAACCGUUGCAUCACCAGCAGCAUUCCCGCUGCAGAGGGAACCAUCUGUCAGACCAACACGAUAGAGAAAGGUUGGUGCUACAAGAGGGUGUGUGUGGCAUAUGGGACUCGUCCGGAGGGCGUGGAUGGAGGCUGGGGAUUGUGGUCACCCUGGGAGGAGUGUAGCAGGACGUGUGGAGGUGGAGUCUCCUCUUCUGUCAGACACUGUGACAGCCCCAGGCCAACCAUUGGUGGAAAGUAUUGUCUAGGGGAGAGAAAGCGCUUCAGGUCCUGCAAUAUUGAUGAGUGCCCUGCAGGCUCUCGGGAUUUCAGGGAGAUUCAGUGCUCUGACUUUGACAGCGUUCCUUUCCGGGGAAAAUUUUACACCUGGAAGCCAUACAGAGGGGGUGGUGUGAAGCCCUGCUCUCUUAACUGCCUGGCAGAAGGUUACAACUUCUACACAGAGCGUGCUCCAGCUGUUGUGGAUGGCACACCUUGCCGAGAUGACUCCCUGGACGUGUGUGUAAAUGGAGAGUGCAAGCACGUAGGCUGUGAUCGCAUCCUCGGCUCAGACGUUCGUGAGGACCGUUGCCGGAUCUGUGGGGGUGACGGGAGCAGCUGCAUGUCUGUGGAGGGGCUCUUCAACGACUCGCUGCCCGAAGGAGGUUAUGAAGAAGUGGUCAGAAUUCCUAAAGGAUCAGUGUUCAUCCACAUACAAGAGCUCAACAUCUCCCUCAACUACCUUGUGCUGAAGAGUAAAGGUGACCAGUAUUUUAUCAAUGGGAAACUGACCAUUGACACACCGCGCCGGUUUGAUAUCGCCGGCACCACCUUCCACUACAGGCGGCCCACUGACGGGCCAGAAACUCUUGAAGCUAUGGGGCCAACAAACAUAACCCUUAUUGUCAUGGUGCUGGUGAGGGAGGAGAAUCCAGGGAUCCACUAUCGUUUCAACCCCCCGCUCAACAGAGAUCCUCUGAGCGGCUUUGCCUGGCACCACACGUCCUGGUCACGGUGCUCAGCUCUCUGCGCUGGAGGUGCGCAGAUCCAGCAGGUGGUGUGUAGGAAGCAGGCAGAUCACUCAGUCGUCUACAACCACUUCUGCGACAAGAAGAACAAACCCAAAGAGAAGAGGAGAUCCUGCAAUACUGAGCCGUGCUCCCCAACCUGGUGGACAGGCGAGUGGUCGGAGUGCAGUCGCAGCUGUAACGGCGGCCUGCGGACUCGAGAGGUUUUAUGUAAAAGGAGGAUCUCUGUGACAGAGGAGAAAGUCCUGGAUGACUCAGCCUGUACCCUCCCACGCCCCUCACUCACUGAGCCCUGCAGCAACCACAGCUGCCCCCCUGAAUGGCUGGCCCUGGACUGGUCAGAGUGUACACCCAGUUGCGGACCUGGAUACAGGCACCGUGUGGUCCUGUGUAAGAGUGGGGAAAGUGGUGACACGCUGCCAGAGUCCAAGUGCCCCAAGCAUGGCCGUCCCACCUCCAGAGUGCGCUGUAAUCUGCAGCGCUGCCCUCCCCCUCAGUGGGUGACAGGUCCCUGGGGAGAGUGUUCUGCCAAGUGUGGUCUGGGUCAGGAGAUGCGUUCAGUUCAGUGUCUGACCCACACUGGCCAGCCAUCCAAUGAGUGUCUGGAGCAUCAGAGACCAGCAGCCAUGCAGCAGUGCAAGAGCAAAUGUGACCUCAGUCUGCCCAUCAGUACAGACAACCCCGAAGGCCAUAUGUCAGAGGAUCUCAGGAAGUCUUUGAGCAAUAAAGAGUGUAAAGAUGUGAACACUGUGGCCUACUGCCCCCUGGUGCUCAGGUUCAAGUUCUGCAGCCGGCCAUAUUUCAGACAAAUGUGCUGCAAGACCUGCCAGGGACACUGACACCAUGAAACACACAGCAUCCAUCUUUGGGUCCUGUACACACUCACAUACAGUAAGCCUGAAACCCUCCCACUGAGCCGUGUAACAGCAGCCCUCACGCUACCUCUGUCAGAGGAGUGUGAGAUCUAACUGGGAUGCUGUCAGACUGACCUGGUCCUGUAACUGGUCAGAGGGACCUUUUCCAGCCAGAAUCUAGACCAGACCAGACCAGACGCUUCUCUGGGUCGAGCUGGGCCAAAACAGCCUGAGCUGAGUUUAUACAUUCCACUGGAGGGAGGGCUGCUGAAACCUGGAGAGGCAGAGAGAGGGAGAGAGUAACUUUCCUCCAUCGUCUAUUAGGAUGAACCCUCUCUCUCUGUCUCUCUAAACGAUCUCUCUGUUGUAAUAUUUUGGUGCUACUUAUAUUUCACUUUGGCCGCAGGACUGGUCGCAGUACUCUUGAGUUUGUCUUUGCUUCAGUGGCCUAAAUUUCUUAAACCUGUAUGUUAACAGGUGGUAUCUGCUUAGUUAUGAAUUAUAAUAAAAAUCCACUUUGUAAAGAAAAUGAUUUUCCAGAUAUCUUUGCCCAUGAAAAGGAAUAUCUUAUAUCAUGAAAUGAAAGAUUUGUCUCUAUGUUAUCUGAUAGUUGUUACUUGACCGCGAUGUUUUCUGCUAUUGCUUUGUUCCGUAUCAUCGUAUUCACCAAGUUCUCGCUGUUAUUCAUCUGGAGUAUGAGCAGAGUUUGAUUUGCACAAAGUGUCAGCAGUCAGAGGACUUGUGUACUUUAUGUUUGUUUUGAUGUGAUUUGACUUGAUGUCUCCAUGGAAGCUAUAACUGUGUCACUGCAGUGAACCUGCCAUAGUCUUGCCAUUUUGGUUAGUUUGCUUACAUGUUAUCACCUCUGCAGUAAAACAGUGCUUCAUUUUGCACGCUGCCUUUAGCAAUGUGAGCAAAGGCAGGGCUCACAUCACCAGGACAUUUUCACAUUAUGGGAUGUUAUAUUGUGCUUUCACUGCGGACUGUGGCAUAAAGUUUUCUUCAAAAAGGAACUUUAACAGCUCAGCUCAUUUUCAUUAUCUGAAAAUCCCUCAGCGUGGGCAUUGCUGUUGAUUUUUUUUUUUUUUUUUUUUUUUUUUUUUUUUUUUUUUGGACGGGGGAUUAUUUUUGCCACAUGUUACCACUUACUCGCCAGUGCUAGUAACUUUUACUGUGAGUGGAAAUUCACAGCACAGUGAGACACAGUAAGUCAGCUCUGCCAGCAGGAACAGGCCCAGUGCGGAGGAGUGAAGACCUCUGACUGCACUGCUUUCAAAGAACGUUUUAUAGUCAGAGCGCUAAUCUGAGGAUGGAUUUACACACACAUAAAAUAUACACACACAUAAAAUAUCUGAUUUCUAUGUGGCACAGAUCUGGUUUAUUCAUGGCUGGCUGCAUUCACACUGCGGAGAGAAGAUUUCUACCACACAGUUUUCUAAAUUAAAGCUAAUUUAAAAUUAUCUCCCAGUGUGUUAAUUUUACACCUGCAAUAAAUGAUUAUUUUGGGUGUUUGGGAAACAAGUUGUGAACACAACAUUGACACAUUAUCACCGUUUAAGUUGAUAUAGUGAACUUGUUAGCCAACAGCUGCUUAUUUACACAUCCAGCAGUUACAGAGCAACUUAAUCAUUCCUUUGGAGUCAUGUUUGUGUCUUCCUGGUGAAUGUGAUCCCAAUAUUUCUUCUUUUUUUUAGCUCUGUUUUUGUUCUCCAUCAACUCCUGAGGGAAAGAUAUGGUUUUUUAGCUGCUAAAAGCUCCACUGUGUUCACAAGCCAAUUGCAAACUAUGUCUGUUUGGUGCUGAGCAAGUAGUGUACAGUGGCUUUUUCAAGCUUUCUCUCUGAAAACAGCUGCCUGAGUGGUGAGAGUGAACUAAAACAGUGAGGUUGUGGCCAGACAGCUAAAGAAAGAGCUGAAACCUAGUAUCAGGCUCUGUAAAGCGAAGGACAGCUGCAGAUGUGGGUGACGAUUCAUAGGUAAUGACCCCUUUCACAUUGUCACAUUGUUUUCACAUUUGAUCCAUUAUUAUAAAAAAUAUUGAUUAUUGCUGCUUUAAUGGAUCGACACACUCAGCGUACAGUUGGGUGCCGAAUUCUCUAAAAGAAUCUAAAAAUCAUCAGCAGGACAGCACAGCGGUUAAAUGAGUUAUUAAUGCACAGAUAUUUGGGGCGGAUGUUUUCCCUCAGUGCGCAAACCAUCCUUUCCUGUGUGAAUCCACGUCAGCUUUUUUCCUUUUAAAGACAGUGAUAUGAUUAUGUGCUAUCGUACAGGAAAGAUGUCACCUGACCCAAAGUUGUGCAGCACAGAUUUCAUUGAAGAGUUUUAUUGACAUCAUCUUUAAAGAUGCUGUUUUGGCUGUUUCUCCAUCCUGCAGAGAAUAUUUUUAGAAAUACUGCCUCAGUCUCUAAUGAGUCACCAGGUCUGAUGGCGUCACUGCGACGUCCACUGUGCUCUGAAGUCCGCUGUGGCCGGACUCUUCACAUAUGUUCACACUGAUGACAGCUGAAAGCAGCUCCACUAAAUGUCACAUAAUUUCAUUGUAAAGAGAGGAAGCUACAGUGUGUCUUUAUGGGGAGUAUUGUUGUUCCAUUUUGUUAUUGUGGUGCUUCGGUUUGGAUUGGUGCUAUUAGUUCACUGUUGUUGUCAUUGUUUCUGAAUUAUUGUUUUAACAGUUUAAUUAUUCAAAAAUCAGUUUGAGCCUUUUGUAAUAAUACCAAUCUGCAGAGCUGGCCUGAGGUGUAAGAGUGCAGCUGCUGAGGACCCCUCACCCACCAGGGGCCCUCUUUGAGUUUACCUGCCCAUCUUUAUCAUAACUUCCAUUCCCCGACUUGGGUAAAGUAGCGAAAGUGCUCCUAAAAUGCAGCUCACAGAACAAAUUUGGGGGUUAUAUGACAAAUACUGUAAAAAGUUAUUGGGGUUCAUUGUACAAAACGAUUUCCAGGUGCUCCGAUAAUUUUUGGAAUUAAAAAAAAAAAAACAUUCUGGGGGCAAUAAACCAAAUUUGGGAUUAUCAACCCAUGUUUGUCUUAGGCCAGCUCUGCUAAUCCAUCCAUGUGGAGCAUAGAAACAUACAUUUUAUAUGAAAUUUAGUGUCUCCCUGCAAUUAUUCAGGACUGAAAAGGUGGAAGUACUAUUUAUAACAUUUUCAGUUGCACAUACUGUCAGACAUUCAAUGUUUCAGAAGAUAUUUCAAAGAAUAAUUGCCAGUGAUCAUUAAUUUUUUUUUCUCUAUAUCUACCUGGGCCUAUAAUAAAGGUUCACACCGAGUGGUGAACCUGUUUUUUUUCUGAAUAAAUAAGAGGGACAGUACCGGUAACUUCUGUUUUGUUUUUCACAUGUUAAUUAUAACAUGACAUGUACUGUAUGUUGUUCAAUACUAUAGAAGAUGAAUCCAUCCCCCAUGUACAUCUUUUUAAAAGGAAAUAUUAAAUUGAUUAAACAUGGUGCAUUGUU